GUUCUGUGAAAGUGAAUUAGUGGUGGUGAUGAUUGCGAGCAUCAUCAAAUACCAAUUACUACGAUGACCAGCUGACGGAUAAAUUCCUCUUCCACGUCCCUACGGCGUCAACGGGGUUGCCACAGGUACUGGAAGGAUGUUGGGUGGCGUGGGAGGCCGGCACAUGUCUACGCGUCGGCGGGGCAGUAGCCCGCUGGUGCGCGGAGGUGUUGGCCUCGCUGGAUAUGCUGGACCAGGGACCUCUGGAAAUUCGAACGAUGUCGCCACUUUACCACCGGAUGUACAGAGAUACGCUGCCAGGAGGCGCAGAGCGGUUACCACCAGCGAUCACAAGAGCUGCGCCCUCGUUCAAACUCGGAUCAAGUUUGGCGAUAUCACGUUGGCAGCGCAAGAGGCGGCACAAAGGGACCCUGGAUACGCGAGUCAGUACAGGAGAAGGCCGAGGUGGGCCGGACUGAGUGGUCUCGGUGACUGGACUAGCUUUGGAGGGGAGGUACCUGGUCUGGUGGACAUGGCGCCAGGCCGGGAUCAGGGCGGAGGGGCGGGUGGCGGUGGGGGAGGCGGCAAGGGCACCACGUCGUUGUUCAUCCUGUCGGAGGAUAACUGCAUCAGGAAGCAUACCCGCUUUAUAAUCGAGUGGCCGCCCUUCGAGUACGCCGUCCUGCUCACCAUCAUCGCCAAUUGUGUUGUCCUCGCCCUCGAGGAGCACCUGCCGAAGCACGACAAGACCAUUCUCGCACAGAAGCUCGAGGCGACGGAAAUCUACUUCCUCGGGAUCUUCUGCGUCGAGGCGAGCCUCAAGAUCCUCGCCCUUGGCUUCGUCCUCCACCGUGGCUCCUAUUUGCGCAACAUCUGGAACAUCAUGGAUUUCUUCGUCGUGGUGACCGGGUUCAUCACGGCGUUCUCGCAAGGCAUAGAACUGGAUAUGGAUCUGCGCACGUUGCGUGCGAUACGCGUGUUGCGACCGCUCAAACUUGUCUCCGGCAUACCGAGUCUCCAGGUGGUGCUCAAGUCUAUUAUCAAGGCGAUGGCCCCGCUUCUGCAGAUCGGUUUGCUGGUACUUUUCGCCAUCGUGAUAUUCGCCAUCAUCGGUCUCGAAUUUUAUUCGGGAACUCUGCAUAAAACGUGCUAUAGCAUCAAGGAUAUCAAUGUUAUCGUGAAAGAGGGCGAACAGCCGAGCCCGUGCAACACGGACAACAAAUCCGAGGCGCCGUUCGGAGCCCACGUGUGCAACCCGAACUCCUCGACGUGCAUGGAUCACUGGGAGGGACCAAACUUCGGCAUCACCAGCUUCGACAACAUCGGAUUCGCCAUGCUCACUGUCUUCCAGUGCAUCACUAUGGAGGGCUGGACUGCCAUAUUGUACUGGACUAACGACGCUCUUGGCAGCACGUACAACUGGAUUUACUUUAUACCAUUGAUCGUCCUUGGCUCAUUCUUCAUGCUGAACUUAGUUCUCGGUGUCCUGAGCGGAGAGUUUGCGAAGGAGAGGGAGAAGGUGGAGAACCGGCAGUCCUUCCUGAAAUUGCGAAGACAGCAACAGCUCGAGCGUGAACUGAACUGCUACCUGAAUUGGAUCUGCAAAGCAGAGGAGGUAAUACUCGCGGAAGAAAGGACCACGGAAGAGGAGAAGAUGCACAUAUUGGAAGUAAGAAGAAGGGCUGCGGCGAAAAAAAAGAAACUGAAGAAUCUCGGUAAAAGUAAGAGCACGGAUACGGAAGAAGAGGAAGGCGACGACGAUCAAGACGAUGGGUUUUCGAGAUCUUCCUAUUUCAAAUCAAGGGUGAAAGGCAAGGGGACUUGCGUCGAGUUCUGGCGGGCCGAGAAGAGGUUUAGGUUCUGGAUACGGAACUCCGUAAAGUCGCAAAAAUUCUAUUGGUUCGUCAUCGUCCUUGUGUUCUUCAACACGGUCUGCGUGGCCGUCGAGCAUUACGGUCAGCCGCAGUGGCUCACCGACUUCCUCUAUUUUGCAGAGUUCGUGUUCCUGGCUCUGUUCAUGAUGGAGAUGUUCAUAAAGGUGUACGCGCUCGGUCCUCGCACAUACUUCGAGUCGAGCUUCAAUCGCUUCGACUGCGUAGUCAUCUCGGGAUCGAUCUUCGAAGUGAUCUGGUCCGCGUUGAAGUCCGGCUCUUUCGGCCUCUCCGUCCUACGUGCCCUUAGACUGCUGCGAAUUUUUAAGGUCACCAAAUACUGGAAGAGCCUAAGGAACCUCGUAAUAUCGCUGCUCAGUUCGAUGCGUAGCAUCAUUUCCCUGCUCUUCCUGCUCUUCCUCUUCAUUCUCAUAUUCGCGCUGCUCGGCAUGCAGCUCUUCGGCGGUCAGUUCAACUUUGACAGCGGGACGCCGCCCACAAACUUCAACACCUUUCCCAUCGCGCUGCUCACUGUCUUCCAAAUCCUGACCGGAGAAGAUUGGAACGAAGUGAUGUACCAAGGUAUCGAGGCGCAAGGCGGUACCAGGGGAGGCAUGGUCUAUUCGCUCUACUUCAUCGUACUGGUGCUCUUCGGCAACUACACGCUGCUGAACGUGUUCUUGGCUAUCGCCGUCGACAAUCUGGCAAACGCACAGGAGCUGAGCGCCGCCGAAGACGAGGAGAAAGUGGAGGACAAGGAGAAGCAGGCGCAGGAGCUCGAGAAGGAGAUCGAGACGCUGCAGAAGCCCAAAGACGGUAACGCGCCCAAGGUGGAGGUCUGUCCUCCGAGUCCGAACCAGAAUUUCAAAGACGGAAAAGGUGGAAAGCAGUCAUCCGAAGAGAAAAAGCAGGAUGAAGACGAAGACACGGGACCAAAACCAAUGCUGCCAUACACCUCCAUGUUUAUACUGUCCUCUACGAAUCCCGUAAGAAGAGCCGCCCAUUGGGUCGUUAACCUGAGGUACUUCGAUUUCUUCAUUAUGGUGGUGAUAUCGUUGUCGAGUAUCGCGUUAGCCGCCGAAGAUCCCGUGUGGGAGGACUCUCCGAGGAACAAAGUGCUGAAUUACUUCGAUUACGCGUUCACCGGUGUCUUCACCGUCGAGAUGAUCCUGAAGAUCAUCGAUCUCGGCAUCAUCUUUCACGAGGGCUCGUAUCUGCGCGAGUUCUGGAACGUUAUGGACGCGGUGGUCGUGAUAUGCGCCGCGGUUUCGUUCGCGUUCGACAUGACCGGUAGUUCCGCCGGACAGAAUCUCUCGACGAUCAAGUCGCUGAGGGUGUUGCGCGUGCUUAGGCCGUUAAAGACGAUUAAGAGAGUGCCGAAGCUGAAGGCGGUCUUCGAUUGCGUCGUGAACAGUCUGAAAAACGUCAUUAACAUUCUCAUAGUGUAUAUAUUGUUCCAAUUCAUAUUCGCUGUGAUCGCGGUGCAGCUCUUCAACGGCAAGUUCUUCUACUGCACCGACGAGAGCAAGUAUACGGAAGAGGAUUGCCAGGGUGAAUAUUUCGUUUUCGAAGAGGGUGCCAUGCUGCCGGAGCUGAAGAAGCGGGAUUGGCAGCCCCAAUGUUUUCACUACGAUAACGUGAUGGCCGCGAUGCUGACGCUUUUCGCGGUCCAGACUGGCGAGGGCUGGCCGCAGAUCUUACAGAACUCGAUGGCAGCCACGUACGAGGACAAGGGCCCCAUACAGAAUUUUCGUAUAGAGAUGUCCAUUUUCUACAUCGUCUACUUCAUCGUCUUUCCAUUCUUCUUCGUCAACAUCUUCGUGGCCUUGAUCAUCAUCACUUUCCAGGAGCAAGGAGAGGCCGAACUGCAAGACGGUGAAAUCGACAAAAAUCAGAAAUCGUGCAUAGACUUCACGAUACAAGCUCGUCCUCUGGAAAGGUAUAUGCCGAAAGAGCGGAACAGCGUAAAGUACAAAAUCUGGAGGAUAGUGGUAUCGACGCCAUUCGAAUAUUUUAUCAUGAUUCUCAUCGUUUUAAACACAUUGCUCCUCAUGAUGAAGUUCCAUCGGCAAAGCGAAGCGUACAAGAACACGCUGAAGUACAUGAACAUGUGCUUCACGGGGAUGUUCACCGUCGAGUGCAUACUGAAGAUCGCCGCUUUCGGCGUGAGGAAUUUCUUCAAGGAUGCUUGGAACACGUUCGACUUCAUCACGGUAAUCGGCAGCAUCGUGGACGCCCUCGUGAUCGAGUUCGGGGAGCGGUUUUCGAGUGUGCCCAGUGGCGGCCAACUAGGCGAAAAAAAGGAGAACUUCAUCAACGUCGGCUUCUUGAGACUAUUUCGUGCGGCCAGACUGAUCAAACUGCUCAGACAGGGAUACACGAUACGAAUUUUGCUCUGGACCUUUGUACAAUCCUUUAAAGCUUUGCCUUACGUUUGUCUCCUCAUCGCGAUGCUGUUUUUCAUCUACGCGAUCAUCGGUAUGCAGGUCUUUGGAAAUAUAUCGAACGAUCCAGGAACAGCGAUCGAUGAACACAACAACUUUCAGUCCUUCUUCGCUGGUCUUAUGUUGCUUUUUCGGUGUGCUACCGGCGAGGCGUGGCCGAACAUCAUGUUGUCCUGCAUCAAGGGUCGCCCUUGCGACGUUAAAGCCACGAAACAGGACACUGACGGCUGCGGCUCGAACAUGGCGUACGCGUACUUCGUCUCGUUCAUCUUCUUCUGUUCGUUCCUCAUGCUGAACUUGUUCGUCGCCGUCAUCAUGGACAACUUCGAUUACCUGACGAGGGACUCGUCGAUUUUGGGCGCCCAUCACUUGGACGAGUUUGUCCGGAUCUGGGCCGAGUACGAUCCGAACGCGACUGGCAAGAUCCAUUACACCGAGAUGUACGACAUGCUCAAGAACAUGGAUCCGCCGUUGGGGUUUGGCAACAAGUGCCCGAACCGGCUCGCUUACAAGAAGCUCAUCAGGAUGAACAUGCCGGUGGACGUCGACGGGAAAGUGAACUUCACCACCACCCUAUUCGCCCUGAUACGCGAGAAUCUCAGCAUCAAGAUGAGAUGCGCCGACGAGAUGAAUCAAGCGAACGAAGAACUGAGAGACACGAUCAGGAGUAUCUGGCCUUUACAGGCGAAAAAGAUGUUGGACCUUUUGAUACCUAGGAACGAAGAAUUAAACAGAGAUAAGCUGACCGUUGGUAAGAUAUACGUCUGCCUCCUGAUACUCGAAAGUUGGAGGACGACUAGGUUUGGUCAGAUAGAAUCGACCGGACAGAACGAUAACGAUCUUAUCGAUAACGAUAAUGCUGGGCAAAGUCCUGCAGCCCAGGCGCAAUCGGCCUUCCUCAACUGCAUACUGGACGUGACAGCGGUUAAUCACACGGGAAAUAGCCACGGGACCGGAAGUAGGGCGAACAGCCUCGAGCCGGUGGUACGUCCGUUGGACUCGAAGAUCGAUCAACACAAGGAGUUCAGGGAGGAAGACGAUGGGGCCCUCGGGGUCCUCGCAGCCAGCGAGCACAGACGUCACCGUAGCAUCAGAAAUAAAAAGGUGAACUGGAAGAUGUCCCACCAGUACGAUAUACUAGGCAGCAGCGGAGAGAGUAGCCAGGGAGGGGGUGGGUCUGGGGUUGUACCCGUAGUUAAUGACGAGGAUCGCGCCCCCGAGCUAGAGCCAUUGCUGGCUGAGGUGCCCUCCCAGCAGGAUCAAAACUACUACUACUACCACCAUCACCAUCACGACCAAUACUACGAUACCGACAAAGAUCUAUACUAUGACCGUCACCACCACCACUACCACCACCAUCACCAUCACCACCAUCAUCAUGCUCACCGACCACCCUCGUACUAUCAACACCAGAAUACCUACGCACCUCGCUCCUCGAUCCGUUACCACAAGAUGGACCCUCAGGACGUCGUAGUUAGCGACUCGCGAGCCGGUAGUCUCGAGAGUCUCACCCACGCAGGCGAGAGACUUCAUCCACCUGCUCAUCCAGCCAGACAUCCAUCGCGUUCACCGAGUUUGAGGAGGCACUCACCGGUCGUGCACGGAUCGCAAUCACCGAGGCGAGCUAGGUACGAUCAUCACGGUCAUUAUUACCACGACGGACCAGGGUUUAGCGACACGGUUAGCAACGUCGUCGAGAUUCAGAGACACACGCAUCAUCCCCAUUCGUCACAGUACAAUCAUCGGCACAGGAUGCGAGACUAUUACGACCACUGCGACUAUUACGACGAUGGUCCGUGGAGCGCGUCGACGAGCCCUGCGAGAACACCGAGCCCCAUUCAUCAGAUGGAUCGAGGUCGUCAUUACGGAACGACCAGAUUGGAGCAGCGCUCGAGGAGUCCGAGCCCGAUAGGGGGUCGUCAGCCGGGUCACACCCAGCAGCAUUAUUAUCGACAUCAUCCCCAUCAGCACAGCUACCCGGUAUUGGUGACGAGGAGAGGUCAGGGGCGACGGCUGCCGCCAACACCGAACAAGCCAUCGACUUUGCAGCUCAAGCCAGCCAACAUCAACUUUCCCAAGUUGAACGCUUCGCCGACUCACGGGCCUCACGUGCCCGGCGCCCACGUAUCGAUUCCUAGCGGUAUGCAGCAUCCAGCUCCGGGUCACGUGCCGGGAAUGCAACCGGCCCACUGUCCGCUGAGCUUCGAACAGGCUGUGGCGAUGGGUCGCGGGGGUCGUUUGUUGCCCAGCCCUGUGCCGAACGGCUACAAGCCACAGCCGCAGGCCAAGCAGAGGACACCCAGGUCGAGACACUCGGACAGCGACGACGAAGACUGGUGCUAGCCAAAGUGGGACCCUGGACGGUGGUCCGGUGACGUGGACGCCCCCAGGCGUCUUUGGGUUUGCGCGUGAAUCGCAUCGAUCGAACCACGAAUUCGGGAGCGGUGAAAUUCGAUCGACGGUCCCAGCCAAGAGGAGUCUCGGGUGUCGAGAUCGGUUACGGUUCUCCGUGAAAAGGAGACACGAACGAGAAAAAGUGGCGUAUUAGGACGACACCACGAUUCGGAGACACCGAACGAUCGAGAUUCGUGCUGGGACAGGGAUCGACGGCAGGUUCGAGACGACUCGUUUCGAGCCACCAGGACAACGAUUCCCAAGAAACGCGGAAAGAGUUGAAAGGAUUCGAAAGAAGCUACGCGACUGAAACGAGAGCAACAUCGGACGGAUCGUUACAGGGAAAAUAAAACAGGACGUACACACAUGGAUACACGGAUACGCAAACACGCGAGCACACGCGCGCGCACAUAUUACACACAGACACACAGACACACAUACAAGUAUAACGAAUAAUCAUCUAGGCGACAUCGAAGCAGAUUGUGUGCCGCGAACACGGACGAUCGUCGAUUGAAAGAUUAACAAACGAGCGAUCCAGGCGAAAGUCCCACUGUCGAGUCGGACUCGUAAUUGCCUGAACGCUCACAGGAACUUUAUCUAUUUUCACGUGAAACUUUCUUUCGUCUCGAACUUUGUAAACCUUCCUUUGCUGUGCUUUUUAAUCGACGGACCGAGCCGAGGAGGAUCCACUUUUUAUACGAUUAAUAUCGAGGGAAGCGCUCUUGGAACGAUCGAAGCCUCCGCCUCGGAUCCCUUUUCGCGCGAAACCACCAACUUUGUUAUCACCUAUCGCGUCGAAAGACCCUGCGACACCGUCUCUUCUUGAUUUCUUUCGGAAUUGCGUCUGCCCGAACGAUUCGCCGGAGAGACGCGACAGACGGGACUGACCAGCGUGAAACGAAAUCCUCUCCGACGAAUCCCGAAUUGCAGAAAACGACCCGUUCGACGCGCUCGUAGACGAUACCGCGUCGACGUUCGCACAGAGUUCGUUCGUCGAUAACGUUAACGAAUCCGUGCAAAGGAUGCAUCUCACGAAUCGAGCGGGCUACGAGAGAUAAAAAAAAAGAACACGCGAAACGUUUUUCUCCUUGGAUGAUUUCACGGGAACCGUGACUACGGACACCCUCGAAUUCGCAUUUGUGAAUCCCCGGGCUACGACGUGUGUAUAUAUGUGAACGUUUAUACGCAUGGAGCGCGGUCACGUGUUCAGCGGGUCGUUUUCGAUCGAAAAUACCGUAUACCGAUAGACCUAUUUCGUUUCGUGCAAUUUCCUACUCGUCCGAAGGUUCGUCGUUCUAUUCGAGGCGCAACGAAACGCGAAUCGUUCCCAUUACUUGCUCGCGUGAUUCGAGUUUCCUUCGCUCGGAACAAAAAUCUGAAUAGUCUAUUUAAAUCCAUCGGUUUGGAAAACUGGAUAAUCGAGCAACGAAACGAAAUAGAGCCGUAAUACGUAGAGCGUAUACGAUAUACAUGCGCGUAUUUUAUUCGGAACGAGCCUCGGAACGCGUGGAAAAAGUUUGGUAUCGACGUCGCGUCGUACGCAUACUACGAACGAGCCCUUUUUUCCAAAUCGAGGAUUCGGAGUACUCGUAGCGGGACCUCGCGGACUUUGACUCGUAGAGCCCGAAGAGGUCUCCGUGUACAUACGCUCGUUCGCAACGUAUCGGAGAACGAAAGAGAGAGGGUAAUCGAGAAAUCGACCGGUCGCUUCGCAAAGGGAAGGCUAACCGUGAAAAUCGUAACCGAAGCUGCGAGCCUUCCGAUAUUUUUCCGCGCUCUGAACGAUACAUCGAACUAACUACGUAGGAUUUUUACUAAACCGAUUCUCUUGUAUCGUAAAAAAUGUAUUCGUUGCUCGCGACUACCGGCUGUUUUAUCGCGGUCCCUUUGACGAUGACCCUUUGAACGUUUAAACCGGAAGUAAUAGGCGUGCAAAGGACACGCGUACCCGAACGAGUCGGUGAACGAUAUUUUGUUCGCGAAUCAAAGAAAAAAGGUUAGAGGAGCAUCGAGAGGAACGAUCGUCGGUGUCGUUGUUUCGUAUUCUCGCUGUUGGUGCCAACGAGAAAUCGAGGGAUGUUCGAGAAGAGACGAAAUCGACGAGUUCGAGGAACAGUGGCAUGUGGGUGCCGGGUGCAUCGCGCGACUGUCGACGAAGAAACGGAAAUGGAACGGCGAAAAGGACCGGAGGUGUACGCUUUUGUAAAGAAGACGAGCGAAACGAAGAAAGAAAGCAAGUCGAAGAAGGAGACUCACCGAGCACUUGUAAAUUAUCUCAUAAUUCUCAACUCAAAAUUUACCAUCGCUGCUACUACCACCGGUACUAUCGACAUCUACGAAAGAGGAAGAACUAUUCGACUACUAAUUAUUACCGCUACUACUAAUAACUACGGCUACUAUUAUUAAUUACUAAAUACUACCACUAUUAUCGCUAUUACUAUUAUUACUACAAUUUACUAUCACUACUUAUUACCGCCAUCGAUACUACCGCUACACUACUAUUACUAAUAUUUAUUACCGCAACUACUACUAGCAUCGUAACUACUAUUACCACCACCAAAAACAACACCACGAACACCACCUCUACUAUCGCUGCUGCUGCUACUACUGUUACUACUAUUACUACUACUAUUACUACUACUACUACUACUACUACUACUACUACUACUACUACUACUACUACUGUUACUAUUACUACCGCUGCAACUACUACUACUAUUACUACUACUACUACAACUACUAUUACUACGAUUACUGUUACUAAUAGUAUUAUUAUUACUACUUUUACUAACGCUAUAAUUACCGAAACAUUUGAUUAAAGAUUACAACCAUCGCUACUACUGUUGUUACUACCACUGUAAUUAUACGGUUAAGAUGUACGAAUCACUCAUCGAAACCGACCGGAGAAACAUCGAUCAAUCGUACACGCGUACACGAGCACAGACACGCAAAUAAACACAACACGCGCACGCGCAUAACACAGAGACAGGCAAAAUUUUCAUUCGGAUUAAAAUUUCGAGCAACGAAUUGAACAUAUUACUUUUUUUAUCCGUUACGAGUUGAAUAAAAAUUGAAAUUCGAAUUAUAGAAUGUAAUAUUUGAGAUACGAAUAAAUGAUAAAUGAUCCGUUCGAUCAAAUUUUAUUAUCGAAAUAAAAUUCUGCCCGUCUCUUGUACGAAAUGUAAAGGACCGUGCAACGGACGCGCGCACAGCCAAGUCGGAUUCGCGUAAUUAUAGAAAAGACGGACGACGCGAAGAAAAAAAGGAAAAAAAAAAGAAAUACGUGUAACAUACUGCCAAUCAUAAGAAGAUGUUUUAAGUAAAGUACGCGCGAGAUACAUAAAUCGGAUACAUGAAACAGAAACCAUAGUUCUUUUUACGCAUUGCGUAUACACAGUACACACACACACACACACACACACACACACAUCUAUACGUAGGUAGAUGUAAAUAAAUAGAUGGAAGAGGCGAAGAUGGAAGCGCGAUUGAGGACGAUGAACGAACGAGCGUGAAUGCGUAGGAAAGCCGAUCGAAACGAUCCCUUAAAUGAUUAACGAACUUAACGAUUUUUCGAUACCAUUUCGCGCUUGCCUGCGUAAUCUGCAUGCAUGAAUACAGUUAAUCGAUGGAACAUAUUAUCCGAAAACGAAGGAGAAACGAUUAGAUACACUCGCCGACAAUACACCACGCGGAUAUUCCUCGCGGCUCGAGGAUUCGAGGUUCGAGGUUCUCGCGUAUCGUAAUGCAUUUCUUAUUUUUUUUCCCCCAUUGGCUGUAAAGUUUUCAUUCUCGUACGCCCGUACGGUAUCGUUCGGAGAUUGGCAUGGUAGUUUUUAUUAGUCGUCGAUCGGUCGAAUAAAAUUGUACCCAUCAGCGGCGUAGUUGCACGAGAUCGGAUUCGCGAAUCGAAACGAACGCGUCGAAAAAAAGUGAAGCGCCGAAAAAAGUGCCGUUACGGUAAAGUAAAAACAGAUAAAACAAUAAAUAAAUAAAUAAAUAAAUAAAUAAAGUAAACACGGGUAAGAGUACCGAGAAUCUUACGAACGCGCGUUUCGCCAAGUGUGAUCGGUGUCGAGAGUGGUUUAUGUCCCUUAAGUGCUUUAUAAACUCAAUCGUAUUUCGUAUCGUCGCGUUUAAACGUCACUGUAAAAGGAGUACACAAGUAAAAGUAUAAUAAACAAAAACUUUUUUAAAAAAAAAAAAAAUAACGAAAAUGAAAAAGAAAAGUGCGAAUGUGCGAACGCGAGGUGCUUGGACACGCCAUGAUUUACGGCGUUUCGAGGCGGGUUCGAACGGAUGGUGAAACGAAUGAUCAUCCCAACGCCUUCGCUUUGUUGUUAAUAAUUUAUCGUAAAAAUUCUUCUAUUGUUUCAUUAUUCUGGCCGAAAUAUAAUCGUUGUUUCUACGAUCGAAGUUUCGUCGUCAAAAGUUUACGUUUAAAUGUCAUCGAAUAUUAUUAAAAAUGUUUUUCUCUGUGAUAAAUCUAAAGAAUCUAGGUUUGACGAUCGCUAUCGUCGCAUCGACGGAUCGUUUCGUAGCCCCGAAAUGCGUUUACACGAAAAACGGACGAGGAGGAGGAGGAGAAAAGAUUGAACGUUUAUCUUAGCGUGCAAGCGUGCGUCUGUGUGCGAGCGAGCAGCGAAAGUCGAAAUUUUCAAAUUUACAAAAACUGUUUAGCAUCGCGAAAGCAAGCAUACGACCAAGCUCUUAACGAUCGCUUAGCGUAAUAUAGUUGUAACGGAGGAAUAUAGUCUAAUCGAAAGCAUACGUAUAAAUGUAAUUAUAACUCUACGUAUAGGUAAUUAACGCGUACACUCGACAUGCGGUAACGUAACGCGAGGAUCUACGAUCAGAUCGAUAAUCGCAGCUGUAGAAAACCUAAAAGGAGCUAGGAGAACGAUCGAUCGUGGUAACAACGAUGACACUCGAAACGAAGAAGAAGAAGACGAAGAGAAAGAAGACGCGUGGUCAAGUUUCGAAUUCUCGUCGCCGCGCCGUGUGGUACGAAGAGAGUUGAACGAUCAAAGAAAUUUCGUCUCGAUUGUAUUCGGUAACGAGACAAGGGAGGAGCAUGCGCCAACAACGACGCCGAUUGGUCCAGGGCAAAUCGAUGGAACGAUAUUUCAGAGACUAGCGAGCAUUUCGAGAAAUAAAGACAGUUGUCGAGAACAACGAUCGCGACGAUUCGAGCGAUGCCGAUGUCUCGGCGCUUUGCAGCGUCGACAGGAAAUCGGCCGAUGAAUCGUCGUCUUCGGUUUCGAAUAGACGUUGAAACAGUUUCGCGAGAAAUCAUUCCAGUUUGCUACGUCUUUCUACUAGGAUUUCGUGAUUUCUUUGCACGCGCAGUUGAUCGAGAGUCGUCUCUUCGAAAAGUUUAGCUGCAAAGCGUCGAGGCAACUUUUCACGGAUCGUCCACCGACGCUUGGCAGCGAACCGUGAUCUACUCUCGAGACUGAGAGGCACGGUCUACCCUAACGAAUAACGAACCAAGCACGAAGGUACGAAGAACAACGAGGACGAGGAAAAGUAGAGAAACGCGGUAAUACGAAUAAUCAAGGAAAUGUGAAAAAGUGGUGACGACGAAGAAGAGUCUAAGGACUGUCGGCUCGAUAGACGCGUGUCUGCAUCGUGUAACAAAUGCCUCGAUCUAAACGCGUUGCAUACAGGUGCGCCGCGUUGCAGCUGAUAACGUAGCUGGAAAACCAAAAAUAUGCUUCUCGGCUCGUUCGUAGAAAGUACAUUUAAUUAAAAAUAAACAGCGGAUAUCGACCCGAGCCUCGCGAACCUCGUGGAUACGAUUCCCAUCGGUUCUAGGCAGAAGAGACUUCUCGAAGGAUCAUUUUAGUCGAUCGUCGAACACAAUCCCAUCUACGAUUUCAUUACUUGCAUUUAAUUAUAAUAACGAUAAGCGAACAAAAAUAAAAGAAAGAUCUAACGAGGAUGAAACCGUGGGGAGGGGGAGAGCGUAAAUGGUGUAACACGUAAAUACCUACGAUUAAGAGUUUUUCUACUUAUCUAUACAUACAUACAUACAUACAUAACAUACAUACCUAUAUAUAUGUACACGUACGUACACAUACCUAAAUAUAUGUACAUAUAUAUAAAUAUGUACACGUAAAAGAUACACCGUUAAUAUGCACUUUAUAUCUAUGUAUUUAUAUAUAAGUACGUGUAUGUAUAUAUAAAUAUAUACAUAUAAAUAGUACGAGCGAGUAACGAAACCGUAUAUUUCGCGCUAAAUGCCCUGUCGAUAAUAAUAAUCACGACGCAACAGACAAACAAACAAACAAACAAACAAACAAACACACAAACAAUUAAACAAAAAAAAAAAAAAAUGAAAUAAACUUCGUCGCUAGAUCUCUCGGCUCUUCGGCGAGCCAGAGCUCCGUAGAGUUUCAUACUUUUGCAAAUAAUCGAGAAAUCUCGUCGAUACACUAUUAUACCAAUCUCUCUCUCACUCUCUCUCUCUCUCUCUCUCUCUCUCUCUCUCUCUCUCUCUCUCUCUUUCCCUCCCUCCGUCCCCCCUCCCCCCCUCUCUCUCUCCUCUCUCUCUCCUCUCUCCUCUCUCCUCUCUCUCUACAUAUAUAUCCGCGUAUAAAUAUAGUUGAAAGAUCGAAACGAGAGAACAUUGAUCUUGAUUCGAGACUGAAUGUUCGAACGAUGAUCGGAUGAUUAGGCGAGAAAUGCGCGAUCGAAGAAACGAUUAACCUUAAUUGCUUUCGAGUUGUAUUCGAACAUAUGCUUUUCCUUUGCCUGAACACGAUAUUCUGUACAGAAAGAGCGUAAAUGUAUUUUCGAGAGAGCGGGAGUACAUAGGGCGUACGGCCGCGCUGGGAUACACGGAAAGCUGAUCGUUUCUGUUCCGAAGAAUCGUUAAAUGUGCACAAGACGAGCGUAACAGAGGAAAUAUCGUAACGCGACGAAUCAUUGAAUAGUUACAAAAGUUGCCUUAAUAUUACACGUUUGGUAAACUAAACGAUAAGAUACGCAAACGAACGGCGAAGCAAACGAGAAACGACUCGAGAACUUGGAUUACGAUUACCGAAUAAUCAAAAUUGACGCAGAACAACGUUAAUUAACCUGCGCGCGACGUAUAGUGGUUUUACGAUCUGAACAAUUUGGUGAAAAUGAAAGAGCCCGCGCAACGAAAAUCUCAUCGUCUCGCUGCUCGUUUGCCUCGUGUUUAUUUACACCUUUGACACGGACGGUGAAUGUACUAACGAUUAGUAAAUAAUCGAUAACGUAUACAUACUCGGUCAUCGGUAAAACUUAACGAAUAAUCAAACACGAUUAGUUGGAAAAGAUGUGAAACUACUCGUUUACGAUUGCAGAUCGAUCUAGCAAUUGUAAGCGACGAUUAAAAAGUUAACGUGAAAUUAAUCGCAAAGUAAUUACCAACCAACUCCGUGGUGUACCUUCCGACUCGUCCGAUUCACUUUUUUUCCAGACGGAUUUCCCGCGAUCGCAAUCGUAUACAACGAUGCUCGCGAGCUCGAACGCUAUUCUUCGUGAAUGAUGAAAUCGCGUAUUACGAACUUGCUCUUCUCGUGUCUCUUUUCGCGUUCGCUUAUUCGCGAUCCAAGAAUGCGAUUGCGAUCAUUUCGAGACCCUUCGAAUCCACGAACAGGGUAAAAAGAAACGAAAGCGGCGAGACGCGUUAAAACUACCCGAUGAUAAUCAGUCUGUACCUAUAUUCGCAAAAAUACUGUCUAAAAAGUCGUUACGACGUUCUUAAACGAGCCUUUUCGAAUUCUUUUCGGUCUCUAACGCGGUGGUAUUCUCCCUUAACGCUCCUCUGGCGAAUCUCGAGUCGUAUCGUCGCGGUUCUUGCUCGAGGAUUGACGUUGGCUCAUCAUUCACGAAAGUAGCGUGCCGAGUCGGCGUUGUACGCACGUAAGAAAUCAAAAAGAGGGUGAGAAAGAGAGAACGGUAGAGAAUAUAAGAAGAGGGACGAAGAACCGAACGAUGUUUGGCUGCGUGUAUUAUGCGCCGCGUAAAGUCACGUUCUCGCGGGAACCAACGUUUAAAAAGUGCACUAUUCGCCAACGGUUACUCGGUUAGCGCGAUCAGAUAUCGAAGACAAAUCGGACCAGAUCGACUCGGAAAUAUUUCAUCGAGAACGUGACUCGAUAACGCGUGCUCCGUUCUAGACGUACGAACGUGAUUUAGCGUUCUUUAUUCCAUCGGUUAUCGGACUACGAGAAUCUGGCUACGAAUGACAACGGCCGAAUAAACGAGAAAGAGAGAGGGUGAGAAAACGAGUAGAAAUGCGCGAGUGUGUACAAGUAAGAGUGAGAACGCGAAAAUGAGAAAAAGCGAGAAAAUGAAAUGGAGAAAAUUCCGUAGACCCGUUUAAUAGUCGCGUGUACCAUUGUUAUAAACAUUGUGUAAAGAGGGAGAGAAAAGAAGUGGAAAAAAAAAAACCCAUUGAAAGCUUUAACUUUGACUAAACUAACUUUAAAAGGGUAUAUAGCGAUCUAGCGCAAGCGAGUGUUGCUGCCAGGCGCGUGAAUGGCGGACGAUUGGCGGUCGAUUCUGCGCGACGUUCUUACUAACGGUCGACGAAACGCGUGCGUAUAUUACACAAGUAUCGAUAUAGUUUAUUCCACCCGCGAUGUACUCGAUCUUUAAUGUCGUUGUUACAGUCUCGUACCCAUGAAGUAUAUCGUUCGCGCAAUAUCUCGCCAAUCUUCGCGUUACUGUACACUUACUGUAUAUUACUUAUACAUAUAUACAUAUAUACAUAUACAUAGAUGUAUGCAUACGUGAAAAUGCAAAAGAACACUUGUUUUUCUCGGAGAGAACAGAUCGAGUGCAGAUUGUACCUUUAUACGUAUUUCAUUGUUCGCGUCGCGUCCAGAACGCAAACGAUGGAAAUUGAACCGAAACGAGGAAACGGAAUCGGCGUUCGUCGAGUGAGAUGCGAGUCGUGUCCCUUUUCGUUCUCGAUCCAAGGAUAGAUCGUUCGUUGUCAUCGUUGACAAGACAUUUACUAAUUUCGUUUACGCGCGAGUCGAGUCCUUCAAACGCGAAAGGGAUCGACGAUCGACGACCCAACACCCGCUACCCCUAACGUUCACCGUAAUCGACGAAAUCAACAUUUCAGUUUCGCGUGCUCGCCGUGACGCGAACGUUCGGUUGUAUCGUUUCUCUUCUUUAAUGGAAAAUAAGUAUUCUAUACGCGUGGUCGCGUCUGCCAUUGGGAAAUUGCCACGCGUUAAAGAUACAGAAAACGAAAAAAAAUGAAUAAAAAUAAUGGAAAGGAUAACCUCGAUUAUUCUUCGAAUCUACGAAAACGACUGGUUCGGUGUCUAGAAUGAAUGAACGAACGAACGAACGAAAGCGAGACGCGAGAAAGAGAGAGAAUACGAAGACGCAAACAUGCAUUAUUACUUAUGUAUUAUGCGGUAAACGAGAGAGAAGAUACCUACCUUACAUAUAUAAAUAUUAUAUAUACAUAUAUGUGUAUAUAUAUAACAUGUAUGUAUAUAUACAUAUAUACAUAGCUAGUUCAAUUUGCAAAUUAGUGUGUAUUGUCGCUUCGAAAUGCCCAGUCAUUACUCGCCAGGAUCCAAAAACCCAACAACCAAUUUCAAGUUCAUUCUUUUUUUAAGGAAAAAACCAAUAAAAUAAUGUGUUAAAAUAUUUCAAGA